AUGCUCAAGGCUACGCUCCUCGUCGCGGCCGCCGCGGUCCUUCCCGCCGUUCUGGCACAAGGCGACGACGGCUCUCUUUCCGGCCCGACCUCCUCUGCGUCUGCGGCUGGCUACUCCUGCGACUCGUCAAAAUGCAAGCUGCCAUCAUGCAAUUGUGCGAGCACAAGCCCGCCCGGUGGAAUAUCGCCAUCCGACACGCCGAUGUUCGUCGUCUUCACUGCCGAUGAUGCCGUUCAAUCAUACACCCUCGACGCCGUCAACCAGUUCCUGGCCCAGCGCAAGAACCCCAAUGGCUGCACGCCCAGGAUGACCUACUAUACCUCCCUUAACUACACCAACUACACACUCGUCACGGAUUGGUUCGUCGCCGGCAAUGAGAUUGCGGAUCAUACCAUGUCCCACGUCGGCUCACCGCCUGACGAUGAGAUCGACGGCAACUUGAUCGUGCUCAACUCCCUGGCCGGUAUCCCGAUGUCCGACAUCCGUGGCUUCCGCGCACCAUUCUUGAACUACACCGUCGACAACCUCAAGCACUUGGCAGCAACCGGCUUCACGUAUGACUCGUCGUCAUCCGCCUCCCUGCCGGUCACCGAGGACGACACUGACGCCUUCUGGCCGUACACGCUCGACAACGGUCUCGCCAAUGACUGCCUUGCUCUCGAGAAUGCCUGCAAGGGCGAGCCUAAGCUACCCGGCUUCUGGGAGGUUCCCAUGUACGCGAUGUUCGACGACCGCGGUGUCGACGGCAUCCAUCUCAUGGACCCCUGGCUCGACAUGGCCAAUGGACAAAAUGAAGUCAACGAUACCGCCACGCUCGAGUACAUGAAGAACACUUUCACCGCUCACUACAACGCGAAUCGCCAGCCCUUCGGUCUUUACACCCACCCGAUCCACGUCUCGACUACUGUCCCCGGCGCCACCGUGUCGAACAGCACCAUCAAUAUGAUCAACCAGUUCCUCGACUGGGCACAGCAGCAGCAGAACGUCUGGAUCGUCUCGACCUGGCAGUUGUUACAAUGGGUCAUGAACCCUGUGCCGAUCUCGCAGCUGGACAGCUUCGAGCCGCUAAAGUGCAGCACUCCCUCGGUCACCGACAAGAUCUGCAACGGCAUGCCGUCGAACGAAGAUGGCCUGCUCGAACACUGCGCUUUCUCUGACACGCCGUUCUGGACGUGCUACGGCUGCCCCGUUGAGAGCCCGACGGUCAAGAACCCGAACCCCGAGCAGAGCGUCGCGGAUGGUCAACAGGCACGCUUCCGUCUCCCGGCAAACUGCUCAACGCCAUUCUGGGACCCGAUCGGCAACAAGUGCCUGUGCUCCGACAGCUCGUGCCAGUUCACAGAUAACUCGCGGCCUAUUGGCCCGAACGGUGCGAACCUGACUGGUGGUGGAACCGGUGGUGACGCCGAUGCCGCUGCGACGACCAGCGCAAGCCCGUAUACUCCUUUCAACGGAAGCGCCGCAUUCCCCAACGUCGUGAUCUCCGCGAUCGUUGUUGGCGCAUUCGGCCUCAUCGUCGGCGCCUUGGCCGUCUUCUCUUAA